UCCAACAGCUUAGCGUUCGAAGCGCAGUCUCGCGCAGCUUGCUGAGGCAACAGUCGGGGUUAUAGCAACGGGAAAGCCCGUCAUUAAGACACAACGGGACGGCUGUGAGAGAGACGCUGCGCACUUCAGUCUUUCUGUAAGGUGGUCCACCACAACCACAUUUGAACAGUUCACACCCAACUCACACCCAGCACAGCAGGAGGAUGGCGGUGAAUGUCUACUCCACCUCUAUGACCAUAGAGAACCUGAGUCGUCAUGACAUGUUGGCAUGGGUAAACGACUCUCUACAGCUCACCUACACAAAGAUCGAGCAGCUCGGCUCAGGUGCUGCUUACUGUCAGUUCAUGGACAUGCUGUUUCCAGGCUGCAUAUUGUUGAAGAAAGUGAAGUUUAAUGCUAAACUGGAGCACGAAUACAUACACAAUUUCAAGGUCUUACAGGCUGCAUUCAAGAGGAUGAAUGUGGACAAGAUCAUCCCUGUGGAGAGGCUGGUGAAGGGGAAAUUCCAGGACAACUUUGAGUUCCUCCAGUGGUUUAAGAAGUUUUUUGACGCCAACUACGACGGCAAAGAAUACGACCCUGUACUGAUACGGCAGGGCCAGGAGGGAACGCCGCCUCCACCCAACCCAGGUGAACCCAUUCUCCACAAACCUAAAAGACCCACUCGCCCAGGCCCCAUGAGAACUUCUCCCACAGUGCCGAAGACUGUUCCCACUCCCCAGAGGCAGAUCACAACAGCAACCCGCAGGAGCGCUCAAAUGACCCGCAAUGGAGGAGACGCUGAGCUCAUCGAGCUCAACCAGCAGCUGCUGGAUCUGAAGCUGACUGUAGAGGGACUGGAGAAGGAGAGGGACUUCUACUUCGGAAAGCUGAGAGACAUCGAGCUCAUCUGCCAGGAAAAUGAAAAUGAUAACAACCCAGCCCUCAGCAAAAUUAUGGAUACACUGUACGCCACAGAGGUACCGGUAGAGGGGGUCACAUGGCAAAGAAAUCUGCUUUCUUCAGGAGAAAUCUAGUCGGGGAAAUCAGGAGGGAUUUGCACCACCAGAUGAUGACGAGAUUGACGAAGGGGCACGGGGAGACCAGGACGAGUUCUGAACUCCUUCUUCAACCCCUAA